AUGGAUGAAAAAUUGACCAAAUCAUCUAUGAAGCGUCCCUUAUUCGGAACUUGCUGUUUAGAAGGAAAUGUUAUGCUACCUUUACUUAUUACACCCCCUCCACCACUUCAGGCGUUGUAUGAUGGGAAUAAUGAUCAAUCAAAAUCAUUUCGAAGUUAUACUCAAGUGUACAACGCAGCCAAUGCUUUUACGAGUCUUGGUGUUACAUUAGAUCCUAGAGUACUCAGUGGAAGGGGCCCUACAUCAUUCACAAUUCAUGGGGAAUUGCGACAUCGAACAGGAUCGCUACAACCACAACCAGAGCAGGAUGCAAGUUAUGCUCAACUAUAUAUCUAUGACCCUGAUUCAGCUUUAGAAAUUCGUAAUCGUAGAAAUCCUAUCUUGAGAAUGGAUGUUCUCAAAACUAUUCAGGAUAGUUUGUUGCAAGUCAAUGCAUUUGUAGAUAAAUUUCGACAGGCUCAUGUCAUUUUACAUCAAUUAGACUCGACAUGA